GUUUUUUUAAUUAUCAAAAUUAUUCUCACCAUAAAUUCUUCUCACUAAAAUCUCUUUUACGCUAAUAUAAAUAUUUAUCAAAGUCCAUAUUUAUAAAUUAUGCCUCCUGUUCCUUCGAACAUAGAAUUAACAUCAGUUCAUCCUCCGUCAAAUAAAUUAAAAGUUUUGCGUGUAUUUAAUGUCUUAACGAUCUUGUUAAAUUUCUUUUCAAAUUCUUAUUCUAUGGUGUUUUCUCGUCCGAAUGUUGGUGAAAUAAGCAAUAAAAAUCCUACUUAUUUUACUCCUUCAUUAAUUUUUGUUGGAAUAUUUUGGUUUAUUCUAUAUAUUUUACAAUUUGGCUUUGCUUUUUACGCUCAAUUUAGUAAUAUUCAUAUUGUACAGAGUGUAGUGGAAAAUGGUGUUAGUUGGUGGUUCUCUCUUAGUAAUUUGUUUUUGUGUGGAUGGCUAUUUUUUUGGAUACGCGAGAAUUUUAUUGUCUCGGAAAUCUUUGUUCUCUUGAUUCUGAUAUCUACAUCAAUGGCUCAUAAUUGGUUAAUGACAAAAUAUACACCAAAUCAUCUUCCAUCUUCUGUUGCAAAUAAGAUUGUUAAGUCCACCCAUAUCCCUUUUGCAAUGUUUUCAGCUUUUUCUUGGUUAAGUUUAUUUCAUAAUGGAUUCGUCGCUUUUGCUCCAGGUUAUGAACAUGAUGAAUAUGCUAAUAUCGCCGUCGUAUUAGCUUGGUUUUUGGCUAUAAUUGGUAUAUGUUGGUGUAUUACUGGUGUAUUUAGUCAUGGGAAAAGAGAUGGUGUAUUUAGUUUUACUAUUGCUUGGGCACUCCUUGGAGUUGCUAUUCACCAAAGGGAAACAAAAAAUUUAUCCAUUACUUGUAAUAUAUUAGCUCUUGCAGAAUUUAUAAUUAUUUUUAUUGUAUGGAAUAGACAUGGCGGAAAUUCUCUUGAAUUACUUAGAGCUGGAAUUGGUUCAAGACCAACUAGAAGUAGAAUUGCCAACUCGCGAAAUGAUAUCAGAGAGCCUUUAUUACCUCAGAAUCGAGAAGAAAUUUUUAUUGAUCAUUAAAUCAUUGGUAAAACGUGAAGUAUUAUUAAAUGAAAUGAACAUUUAAAAUAAUAGCAAACAUUAAUCUGUAAAUAAAAUUAUUAUGCAUUCCACGUCGUAAGUGAAAUUUAUGUAGAGAAAAUGGAUAAUGAUAAACAUUACGAAACCCCUUAAGGGAAAAUUUUAUGAUUUAAAAUGAUUAAUCAGAUGAAUCACAUGAUUUCUCUACAAAACGUUUUUAGCAAUACAAUAUUCAAC